AUGUGGGUGAAUGCGACGUAUGAACAGCUGGCUACCGUCAUCUUGUACCUGAGCGCCGUACAGGCCGGUAUCGAACAGCCUGGUAUGUUGAACCAGCUAUCGAUGUGCUUCGGUGCAUCGAUGAAAGGUAUCAAGCAGGUACUUCCGGCAGUGUCCAAAUUGCUCAUUGAUACCAGCGCAAGGUUCUCCAUUGCUGACUUCAUGCAAACAUUCGAAAAGACAUAUCCUGCGUAUCAGAAGCACUCAAAAGAGUUUGCUCGGCUACAGUUGAAGCUAUGGCGUCUGGUACUGGACCGCUGUCUCUUUCCAUCCGAGUUCGUCGCGGCGAACUGGCGACACGUCGUGACAUCUUGCAUCUAUGCGGUAACUACAGUCAACGACAUCUAUCUCGAUACCGAGGAGAUCAGCGCCGCGAUAGGUGCGCGCAGCCCUAGCAUUGAUGGCGAGGACAUGAGCACAUACCUGCUCUCCACUAUCGUGAACAACAAAGCCUAUCAAAUCAAGACUACGGCUACUAAAGCGCGGCGCCAACGUAAGCUCGAAGCCCGCUCAGGGAGACGUUUCGCACUUGAUGUCGUCGCCGCCCAUCCCGCACCACACUCUGUUAUCGGUUUAGAUCGGAGCUUCGAGACGAUCUCAAUCAAUGAGUCUAUGAGGUGGCUCGAUAACAGCUCGCCCAGCUUUUGCAAGGUCAGUAUCCUCAUGUAG